AUGGCGUUCCCGAAGAAAAUCUCCGCGUACAUGGCGUACUCCAACGUGCACAGAGACGCCGUGAAGAGAGGGCUCAUCGAGAGCGGCGUCGAGAAGCCGUCGAUCGCGGAUGUCGCGCGCGCCAUCUCGGCGCGUUGGAACGCGCUGAGCGACGACGAACGCGCGGCGCUGAAAGCGGAGCAGGAGGCGGCGUAUGAGACGGCAAAGGCGGCGGCGAUCGCUCGGGGGGAGACGCCCGAGGAGAAGGGCGCGGGUGACGCGAGCGGCGACGGCGACAAGGACCCGAGCGACAUCACGCUCCCGGUGGCGCGCGUGCGGAGGAUCAUCAAGCUCGAUAAAGACGUGAAGCAGGCGAGUGCGGAAGCGAUCAAGUGCGUGACCAAGGCGGUGGAAUUGUUCAUGGAAGGUUUGGCCGAGGGUUCGCAUCAGGGCAUGCGCGCGGCGAAGAGAAGAGGUGUACACUAUCGAGACCUGGAGAAUUUCGUGAUGCGGCGCGGCAAGUAUGAAUUCUUACACGACCACGUGUGGGCGAUGCGACCGCGCGAGACCGUGGGUGAAGGUGGUGACGAUGACGACGAAGACGAAGAGACGGCAUCGGCGAAGAAAGCGAAGAAACUCGCGGACGCUGCGGGGUCGAAACGGGUGACGGAUUUCUUCCAGACGGGGCCGAGCCCGGUGAAGAAGCCGAGGAGCGAGGAAAUCGAUAUCGACGACGACGCGCCCGCGGAGGACGCAUCCGCGGGCGUCGUUGUCCCGGAGACGGAGGUACAGUAG